GCCUCCCCAUGGGGCGGAGCUAUAGCACAUACUGAACAGUCAGAGACAGAUCUGGCCACAUCUCGAGUCGUUAUCCAGCACAUUCAGACAGAAUGCUUGCCCUUCGUCUUGCCGUGUUCGCCAUCUUCUUCUGUGGGACCUGUGGUUUUGCCAGGAGCCUUAUUAAUCCUUUCCUUAUCCGCUGCAACCCUCCCGAGGAGCUGUUGGGGAAAUUCUGUGCUGCUACGAUGGACAACGAUGUCAACGCUGACGGCAGAGUGGACGGCAGUGACAUCGGCAAAGAUCUUCUGAAUUACAACUACGACGAUGACCUUUGUGUCAGUAAACAAUGGGAGUUCGUGACCAGGUUCUCGUGUCGGUACGGCUACUCCGAAGAGUACGGCAGAUACAUGGCCACAUCUUUUGGCGGCAGCCAAGGCGGAUUUGCUUCAUUCAAUAUUAGCGAUUCCGACUUCCUAAUGAUGCAGUACACUCGUUUCAAGAACACCUACUGCGGUGACCCUAAGAACAGGGUGAGUCCUGUGGACAAACGCCAGUGUGACGAGGUGGACAAAAUGAUGCCAGCGGACAUCAAGUGUGCAUAAGCAGAAUCUGCAUUCACCUGUGAUGUAGAAACAUCAAUAAAACUGUUGGUAAUA